AUGUCAAGAAGAGGCUUACGAGAUGAAGAAAUCGAACGAUUAUUGUGUGAAAUUCCAUCAGACGAGGAUUCCACUGUUGACACCACAGAUGACGAAUCUGAUUAUGAAGCAAGCAUUGUUGCGGAGGCUAUUGUGUCGUCUGAAGGCGAAGUUUCAGAGAGCGAGGAAGAAAGUGAGUCCACUCCGCCAAAACGCGCUGCUGACACAGCGCCAACUUGGGGACAACAAUUCAAUGCUACCUCAGGAAUGCAGUUCGACAGUGAAUCAGGACCAAGUGCUUUUAUUAGGGACAUUGAUGAUCCAGAACCUAUCGAUAUAUUCGAAAAAAUAUUUCCAAAAGAGCUAGUUGAGCUAAUCGUUUUCCAAACAAAUUUAUAUGCGACGCAAUCUGGCAAGUCUUUCACUCCAACAACUGACAAUGAAAUACGAACUUUCCUGGGAAUCAACAUUUUGAUGGGUAUAAAGCGUAUGCCAGCAUACAGAGACUACUGGUCUAGUGCCCCAGAACUUCAUGAUCGUUAUAUUGCAUCUCUGAUGGCAGUAAAUCGGUUUGGAUGGUUACUGAGGAACAUUCAUCUGAAUGAUAACACAUUGCAUCCAGAAAAAGGACACCCAGGUUAUGACAAACUGUACAAGCUGCGACCAGUGAUCAAGAUACUAUCUGAAUCUUUUUCCAAGUGUUACCAACCCAGCAAACACCUAGCAAUUGAUGAGUCAAUGAUCAAAUUCAAAGGCCGCAACAGUAUGAAACAAUACAUGAGAGAUAAACCCAUAAAGCGUGGUUACAAAGUGUGGAUGCUGUGUGACAAGACCUCUUACAACUUGAAAUUUGAUAUUUACACCGGAAAAGUAGGUGACACAGUGCAAACAGGCCUUGGGGAGCAUGUAGUGCUGAGUUUGUCCUCUGAACUCGUAAAUAAAGGCCAUUAUCUUUAUUUCGACAACUAUUUCAAUAGCUAUAACUUGUUGGCUGGUUUACAGCAGAGAAACAUAUAUGCCUGUGGGACAGUUCAACCAACAAGGAAACAUUUACCCAAAUUAAAAACAGACAAAGAAUUAAGCAGAGGUGAAUUUGACUGGAGGGUCAGCAACUGUGGCAUCCUCUACUUGAAGUGGAAAGAUAAGAGAGCUGUUCAUCUCCUUUCAAAUUUUCACAGUCCUGAAGUUACUACAGUGACUCGCCGUGAAAGAGAUGGUUCACGCAUAGAGCUACCUUGUCCUCAAGCAGUGAUGGAUUACAAUGCACACAUGAACAAUGUCGACAAGUUCGACCAACUGAAAAAAUCAUAUGAAAUAAGCCGGAGAAGCGCUCGGGAUGACCGCGGACCGCAGAUCGCGGCGGUGCUGCCCCUGGCGGCGCGCGCCGGCGGCUGCUCCCUGCUCCCCCGCGCCUAA